ACUCUGUUAGGGUCCGGGUUGCCCGCAGUCCGAGAGGGUUGUGCUGUUUUGUUCCGAGAGCGGUACUUGUUUGUCUCCUCCUCGGGAGGUUUUGCGUCGGUCGGCCAUGGCGAUGUUAGCCGAACAUCAGUUCAAGCAGCUGCCGGCGGACAAGCAGAUCGAUACCCGGGCUUUCCUGGACAGCGUCUCUUACCUGCCGCCCUUUUUCGAUUGCCUUGGGUCAGCAGUGUUUUCACCAAUCAAAACAGAUGUGACUGGUAACAUCACUAAAAUCAAGAAUGUGUAUGAAACAAAUCCCACAAAAUUCAAAACAUUGCAACUAAUUCUGGAAGGAGAGAAGGAACAAUAUGGCACUGAGUGGCCAAAUGUUGGAGCUACAUUAGCGCUGAUGUGGUUAAAAAGGGGUUUGAAGUUCAUACAAGUUAUGCUGCAAAGCAUCGCAGAUGGGGAGCGGGAUGAAUCAAACCCAAACUUCAUUCGAGUCAAUGCCACAAAAGCAUAUGAGUUGACCUUGAAGAAGUACCACAGCUGGUUGGUACAAAGACUUUUUACUGUUGCAGUUUAUGCAGCUCCAUCUAAAUCAGACUUUAUGAAGGCCCUUUCGAAGGGCAAAGAGGUGAAAGAAGAAGAAUGUAUAGAGAAAAUCAGGCAAUUUUUAGUCAAUUUCACUGUGACUAUUGACGCAAUCUAUGAGAUGUACACCAAAAUGAAUGCAGAGUUGGAUUAUAAGGUCUAACACUUACACUGUCUGCCUUUCUUGCACUCUUCUCAGCCUUUUCUCAGCAAUAAACUAGCUAAUCACUGUGAUUUUGAUAACUUAGGUUGCUGUUUCUACAGGGUAAUGAUCAUUAACCAGCAGUAAUUGGUGUGGGAUCCAGGCAGAAGAGAUACUAAGAUGGUCUGUUCUCCUGAACCUUAACACUGUAAUCACAUUCAUUUAAAUCAAAAUAGAUUAGAUCCAUCCAUUCCCUACAUUCUACCAGCUAUUGGUUUCUUUGGUUUGAUGGUAUCGGAUGUAUGAUUUUCUAAUGUGAAUUUCCUUUCCUUGUAUUAACAGAUCAUAUAACACAGCUAUAGGGUUUUUAUAAGUUUACUCCCAAAAACACUUGUAAUUUUUGGUCAGGAGUUGUGUGGCCUUUGAUUUACAAAGGAAACUUUGAGGUCAAUGCGAAAGCUCAGCUUAUAAAUGUUUAACUUUUUUUAAAAAAAAAUUCAGGAGAAAAGGCUGACAUCCAGUAAUUUAAACCAACUGUUCAUGCUGAUUAAAUGAAACCAUGUCCUUUUUUCCUGAAAUCCUAUUUGGAUGAACGGCAACUCAAAUAUCAAAUUCCAGCACAGUAAUCCAUUUAUUGUCUCUCCUUUUUUCCCCUCUGUUGAAGCUGAUUUCUGCCAGGAUAUGGUACAAGUGGCAGUACCUUGCCCAGGUUGUGCAGACCUUGUAUGCAUCUAGAUAGUAACUACUGGCUGGGCUCUGGAGGGAUGUUGCACGUAGCACGUGCUCAGAUGUAAUUUACACUUAACUCAAGUUGCCAAGUAAUAAUUCAGCAUAGAACCUCUGCCUGUUUUUUCUCUUCCACAGCGCGCUCGCAUCCUCAAAACCACGGAAGCUGAAUCCAAAAAAAAUGCCUGUCAGAGGUUAAUUAAUUUGGCACAGACCUGGCAUGCUGCCUAUGACAUUCCAUUAUGACUGGUUCAAUUCUGUUAAACCAUCGCACAGUUCUUGUCCUUUUACUAAUUAAAUAAAAUGAUGAAAAAUGAGUUGCAGUAUGUACAAUUUAGAAAAUUCAGUCUGGAUCAAUUCAGAAAUCCUCCAGCAAGUAGAGCAUUUCUUGGCUUUGUGAACAAAGGGUUGUUAGGGACUUGAUCAUUGAGAUUAAAAUUGUUGCUUUUUUUUAUUCCGCCUGUCUUAUUUGGUCUGGUCAUUCCCCUUUUAUUUAUUAAACCUGCAUAGGAUCUCCAAAAUCAGCCACUGAUUUUUAAUUUGAAAUGGCUCUAACAUUUAGUCAGAAGCAUGGGGGCUGUGGGUCCUGUAGAUGAGGACACUUACUUUUUUUAUAUAUCUGUAUCAGUAAAGCUAAAACAAAAUGUGGAUACCAAGUUUAAACCAGGUCUGAAGUGUUUUUUGUUUAAGGAAGCAAUAAGCUGAAUCCAACAGUUUUUAAUAAAUUCAAAUUGUCCUUUUCUAAUUUUGAACUUUAACCAUUUUAAAUACUUUAUCACCAUGUGAAGAGAGAGCCUUGCUAUUUGUUUAUGUGCUGACUGUAUGUGAUUCGGUGUUGCUAGUCUGUAUUCCUCUUAUCUUGCUGAGUUCUCUCAUCUUGCAAUGCAAAAUGUGUAUUUCAGUUCUAGGCUUUACUAGCUCCCUAUGGUAGCCGGUUCACACUCUGCUCUGUUUAGUAAUGUAGUUUUGAUUAACUGGAGAAAUUCUGCGCAAGGUAACUAACUAACUAACUGGUCCAGUUUUUAAAUAUGUUGCAAGAUUUUUCACCACCAAUUACUUUUGUUUAAUCAAGAAUAUGGUCCCUCAAUGACUCUUUCCAACCUGAGCCUAGCCAGUCAGACUUAGACAAAAGCAGUGAUUACAUUUGAAACUUCCUGUUCUGUUUUUAGUUUGACAACAACUGGUUCCUUUACCCAUUCAGCAUUAGGAGAACUGUGAAUUUGUGUGUAUGUUGUCUUAACUUUUAUAUUCUUCUUCAAGCUGUAACUAUUAAGAUGAAUUAUCACUCAGGAUUGUUGCUCAUGGCAAAAAUCUAUUGAAUGCUCCUGUCUCACUCGCAUAAAAGAGGUAGAUAAUUCAGCAUUAACUUGAUCACAUUUCGGAGGCAGAUAAUGAAGUAGUAGAUCUUUUGGUGAAAUGUAAAAUUAGUGCAAUAAAAAAGUUUUUGAGAUGGAAAAAUAAUUUGAGUAGAGGAAGCUUUGUAUCUAGUAGUUGUAUCUAUAAUUAUUUGAUUGUGAAGACUUGGGAAAAGUCUUGCAUUCCUGAACACCAAUAUUGCUCAUUUUGAGCACAAAGUUUACAGAAUAUAUAUGAAAGGAAAGAAAGAACAAUAGUACCUUUUUUGUUCCUGCAUCUGUCAGAUUUGGGGAAAAAUAUAAAUUUCUGGCAAAUUAUGUGUAACUUUACCUGAAUUGAGCACAACUGUGUUUUGUUUUGGUAUCAGUUGAAGGACCAGAAGGAUGGACUGCACAGUGGUAUAUACUCAGGAUUGUGGCUAUGGCACAGUGGUUCAGUGGUUAGCACUGCUGCCUCUCAGCACUAGGGACCUGGGUUCGAUUCCCGACUCAGGCGACUGUCUGUGUGGAGUUUGCACAUUCUCCACGUGUCUGCGUGAGUUUCCUCUGGGUGCUCCGGUUUCCUAUCAAGGUCACAAAGAUGUGCAGGUUAAGCGAAUUGGCCAUACUAAAUUGCCCAUUGUGUUCAGGGAUGUGUAGGUUAGGUGCAUUAGUCAGGGGUAAAUGUAAAGUAGUAGGGUAGCAGAAUGGAUCUGCGAGGGUUACUCUUUGGAGGGUCGGUGUGGACUUGUUGGACCAAAUGGCCUGUUUCCACACUGUAGGGAUUCUAUGAUAGUAGUAACUGAAACUUUUGGUGCCAUCGCAUUGCUGCUUGUUUUAAUGAUUUUUUUUAUAUUUUAAACCUGGGCAAACCAGAAAUCUGACACCAUAUUUUAAAUUAUACAGAGACCAAUUAGCUAAAAUUGUUUGAAGUUAAUGAAAUAUUCAAAGAUAAAUGAAGCUUUAUUUGAUUUUGGGGUAAGGAAAGAGGGUUUCUGCUCAAUAGUCUCCCAGUCUUUCCAGUGAACUGCUUCCAUACAAAUAUGUAAUUCUAAUAUGUUUGAUGUUGAAGGAGGUUUGGACUGUUUCAGUUUAGGGCCAUGUGCAGUGGCCUUUGCAUAUUCUGAUAUGCUUAUUGACUUUGCCGAUUUUUUUGUGCUUUUAUAAAUGUGUUGGUUUAAUGAAGUUCAUUUUUCUUUUGGAUUUGUUAAAGAAUAAUGGAAUGGAAUAGGUAGUGAAGUUAGGGAAAUCUCACUAAUUUGUGAGAAGAUUUGUAGCUUGGGUGCUCGUUGUUGUGGUUCUGUUCGCCGAGCUGGGAGUUUGUGUUACAGAUAUUUCGUCCCCUGUCCAGGUGACAUCCUCAGUGCUUGGGAGCCUCCUGUGAAGCACUUCUGUGAUCUUCCUCCACCAUUUGUAGUGGUUUGAAUCUGUUGCUUCCAGUUGUCAGUUCCAGCUGUCCGUUGCAGUGGUUGGUAUAUUGGGUCCAGCUCGAUGUGUUUAUUGAUUAAAUCUGUGGAUGAGUGCCAUGCCUCUAGGAAUUCCCUGGCAGUUCUCUGUUUGGCUUGUCCUAUAAUAGUAGUGUUGUCCCAGUCGAAUUCAUGUUGCUUGUCAUCUGUGUGUGUGGCUACUAAGGAUAGCUGGUCGUGUCGUUUCGUGCCUAGUUGGUAUUCAGCUGGAACUGACAACCGGAAGCGGCAGAUUCAAACCACUACAAAUGGC